UUAUUUUUGACAGAAAAAUCCUGUUCGUGGAAGAAAGUUAUCACCGCGCCCUAUUUUGUUGAUAAAAUAAACAAUAAAGUUCAAAUUGAAUACUAUAAAAAGUCAAUAAUUGAUUACAUUAAUCUGGAAUCAUGGGUGAUCACUUGCCAGCUUGUGUUAUCGACGUGGGGACCGGCUACACGAAGUUGGGCUUCGCCGGCAACAAGGAGCCCCAGUUUAUCAUUCCCUCUGCCAUAGCGAUAAAGGAAACUGCGAAGGUUGGCGACCAAUCCACACGCCGAAUGACCAAAGCGGUCGAAGACCUAGAUUUCUUCAUCGGCGACGAAGCGUUCGACGCGACUGGCUACUCCGUCAAAUAUCCGGUGCGUCAUGGCCUCGUCGAAGACUGGGACUUGAUGGAGCGGUACAUUGAACAAUGUAUCUUCAAAUACUUGCGGGCGGAACCAGAGGAUCAUCACUUCUUACUCACUGAGCCACCUCUAAACACGCCUGAGAACAGGGAGUACUUGGCAGAGAUAAUGUUUGAGUCAUUCAAUGUGCCUGGUUUGUACAUCGCCGUGCAAGCUGUAUUAGCGCUCGCUGCGUCGUGGAAGUCCCGCACUUCUGCUGAACGCACGUUCACCGGCAUUGUAGUGGACAGCGGUGAUGGAGUCACACACAUUGUGCCAGUAGCAGAAGGUUAUGUGAUUGGUUCCUGCAUCAAGCACAUCCCUAUUGCAGGAAGGAACAUCACCUCUUUCAUUCAGUCCCUGCUUCGUGAGCGAGAGGUUGGAAUCCCUCCAGAACAAAGUCUGGAAACUGCAAAAGCUAUCAAAGAGAGGUACAGCUACAUUUGUCCCGACAUUGCCAAAGAGUUUGCCAAAUAUGACUCUGAUCCAGUGAAAUGGAUGAAAAAAUAUACUGGUGUAAACACAAUUACUAAAAACCCAUUUUCUGUUGAUGUGGGUUAUGAGAGGUUCUUGGGGCCUGAAAUUUUCUUCCACCCUGAGUUUUCGAAUGCUGAUUUCACAGUGCCCCUAAAUGAAAUGGUGGAUGAUGUGAUCCAGUCAUGCCCUAUUGACGUCCGGAGAGGCCUAUACGGGAACAUUGUGUUGUCAGGAGGCUCUACUAUGUUUAGAGACUUUGGCAGGAGGCUGCAAAGAGAUAUAAAGAGGACUGUAGAUGCAAGACUGAAGCUAUCAACAAUGCUAUCUGAGGGACGGAUCACACCGAAACCCAUUGAUGUCCAAGUGAUAUCUCACAACAUGCAGCGGUAUGCAGUGUGGUUUGGUGGCAGUAUGCUCGGCUCUACGCCCGAGUUCUACCAGGUGUGCCACACCAAGCAAGCAUACAUGGAGUACGGACCCAGCAUCUGUAGACACAACCCUGUGUUCGGUACCAUGACAUAAACCCCUCAGCUGCCAGUAUUGAGUCAUUUAUGAUGAACAACUAAUAUUUAAGUGUAACUAUGAAUUUAUCUUUAGGUUUCUACUUUUGAGUACUUCAAUUUUAGUAUUAAUUUUUAAUUAAGUGAAUAAAAUUGUUUUAAUAAACAACAAUAUUAUAUUGCAUAUAGAAGACAAUAAAUUAUGAUUAUUAUGUUCACAUACCUAUGUAUUUUGAGAUUCUUCAGUUUUUAAUACAUUGUAUUUUAUGUAGCUGGGCGCAUUGUAAUAAAUUUAUAGCAUUUAAUAUUGCAUUCCAGCAUUUACCAAAUAAAAUUACUUUCUUUUAAC